AUGUAUUCAAAUAUGUUUAAAAAAGAAAUUAACCAAAAAUACGAAUUAUUAAAAGAUUUAUUCGAACCUCAAUUAACUAUACAAAUUGGCAUUUCUUUGUGGAUUAUUUUUCUUGUUCAUUGUUCCCACGCUGUUGUUUUCAAAGGCGUUAUAUACCCAGUAACUAUUGAUAGAAGUGCCACCAUAAGCUAUUAUACAGUGGAUUUACUUAACAUUGCAAUCCCAUUAUAUUUUUUUUCUCAUGGAUGGAAGUUAGUGAAAAUCAGAGCUCUGAGUUUUCAGUAUUACCUAAAUCAUCAUAUAAAAUUUUUAAUUCCAGGAUUUUUUUAUACAAUACUAGUAUUUUCUAUAAAACAUUUCGACAAAUUAAAGCCAAUUACACAAAGCAGCAUUCCUGUUCCAGAUAAAGACUGGUCUUGGUCUGAGCCAUACCGACUAGGAUUAAUGUCUAUUUUUAUUUAUCAUUUUCUGGUUGCAAUGGUUAUGUACCCAAUUAUUUGUCUAAUAAAAAAAAAUUAUUACUAUGGAAACUGUUUUGAAUACGAAUAUGAGAUAGUUUCAAGUUCAGAUUUAUUUACCAAAAUUGACAUCGAAAUCUCAAAAAACAUUGAAAUUUCAAAGGGAUAUAAUGUAAAUCAAAAUUUUAACUAUUGUGAUUCGAGCAGCUCAAACCUCCCAUAUAUCAUCUCUAAUAUAAUAAUAUACUUCUUAAUUAUCAAUGUUUUCUUUUAUUUUUCGUAUGGUUCCUACCUGUAUAUUAUCUACACUUUCUUUUACUCAAGCAUAUUCCUAAUUUACUCGCUAAAAUUUAUUCAAAAAGAAAUUAACAUAAGUGGAAUUUGUGUAUUUAUGAAUAUAGUAUAUAUAUCACUUUACAAAUACUUUAAUUCUGAGAUUUCCAACUCAGCCUUUAAUAAUGGAACCGUCUUUUUUACUACAUUUUUUCUUUUUCUUAUCUAUUAUUUUACUGGUUUUACGAUGGCAUUUUAUGAUUCAAUACUAAAACUACAAAAAUAUUACUUGGACUUAUUACUUAUUAUACCAAUAUUGUAUAAUGUUAUCAGUAUUCCUAAUCGGAAAUUUACAUACUCACCCCUUAUUUUCCCCAUUUCUGUUCAGCAAGGUAACCAAUUUAAAAUUGUAAUUUCAUCGUGGAUAGAGAUCAUAUUCACUAUUUCAAUAGUAUUAAGAUUUUUUGAAAAGUGUUAUAUUAAACGUGUAUUAAAAGUUAUAAUUAAAAAAACUCCAUAUUUACUUAUUAUUUUAAUCACUGCAAUUUUAUUUAUAUACGAAAGAACAGCACAGAUAGCAACUGGACUACGUUAA